CAAGACUUGAUUAACCAGUAAACGCCUGUCUAUUACAUGUAAUUGCUGGCGGCCAUAUUGUGUACCUGUUGCUGAGGUUACCAGUACAGACAGACAAUACGAUUACCACUGACCAGUUUUGGGGACGAAGAACAUCUAUUCCUACAACAUGUUUCAAGAUUCGAGAACCACAGAAUCAGAGACCGACGGCAGUCCUGACACUUUCCGUGUCCGCCAAGCAACGUCCCCGAUGGAAGUUUCUCUCCUAGUGCUGGAGUGGGCAGCUGCCGAAGGAUGGCACCCAGGCCUGUAUGAUACAGAGAGCUUCUACCACCAGGAUCCCACAGGUUUCUACUUGGCUGAAAAAGACGGUGUGCCAAUAGGAGGAGCCUCGGUGGUUAAAUAUGGGGAAAACUUUGCCUUUUUAGACCAUGUUAUCAUCAAGCCCCCAUUCCGCGGUAAGGGAUAUGCACGGAGAAUGAUCAAGGCAGUGAUUGAAGCAUCAGGCAUGUCUGGCGCAAACAUCGGAUUAGACAGUGUGAUGCAUAUGCAAGAUGCUUACAAUAGGAUUAUUGGAGUCAAGUUUGCAUGGAAAAACACCCGAUUUCGAGGGGUUGGCAGCAACAACAUCAAAGGUGUCAAGGAAGACAACCAUCCAGCGGCUCUUGUUUCUGUCAAACAGGUAAACUUCGAGCAUCUCUGUGUGUUUGAUGCGUCAGUGUUUGGUACGCCGCGACCAAGUUUUCUGAAGAGUUAGAUCUCGCA